AUGGACCGCCCAGCACUCACAUCACGGGAGCAUCUGGAGCUCUUGCGAAGCUCUGCGUUUGAAUCCGAACAUGCCUGGCUCUACGACACUUCCUAUCUGCAACACGAGGCAGCAGCGAUGGCGUUGGAGCAAGAGAUUGAGCAAUCGCAUGCCAGUAUAUCGCCAGACGACAACUCAGACGAGCAAGUGCGCAUCAUCAAGACGCAGAUCAAUAUCCACAGGGAGAGGCAGCGGGCGCUAAGGCCGCAUCUUGAAAGCGGGAGCGACCAGAUCGACGAAGACGGGAACGAGUGCGUCUUUGUACCAGCACCGAACCAAUGGGGCGCGAAUGGGGACCUGGACGAGGAGAGCGAGAGUCUGUCUGCAAUCCACAACCUCCUCACAUGGCAAACUUCAUACUCGCCCGUCUCACAUGCCCCGCGUGACGAACUUCCCUCUCCAAAUACACCGUACCACUCGCUGCUCGAUCCUCACCAGCCCACGACCACGUACAAUCUUCACCGUACGCGAGAAUGGACGGGAUCUUCAGGCUUCAGGAAAUUCAUCUACAGCGCACGCGACUACUCGGAUAAAUACGCUCUAUACAUGCUUGAAGCCACCCACCGCGACGACAGCCAAGUCAACGCUGCAGACUUCUUCCGUGUCGCCGAGUACCCACAACCAUGCAUAAACAUCCUUCUCUCCGGCAUCGACAAGAAGCGCGCCAUGACCAAAGACGCAGCCUACAAGUCGCGGGGCAUACAUAUGCGCGGGCCAUUCUCACAACCGAUCAAGGAAUACCCAGACAGGCAACAGAAGAUACCAUGGUCACCGCGACGAUUUAAAUAUGGUGGACGCCGCUUCGUAUGGAAGCAGGGAGAUCCGAACGACGAUGCCAUGCCGGAGACUUUGUACGAAUAUCAGCAAGACUGGGUAAAGCCAGGAAGCAGGACGGGCAAGCGAUGCGACGAUGCAAAGCUGAUCAAACUUGUCUGGGGAGAAAAGAGGAGGAAGGGUAAAGUGGACAGUUACACGAUCCAUUUCAAGGGCGGCAUGGAUCAAGUCUUUAGGGAGAUCUUGCUGGCCAGUCAGAUGGCCAGGCAGCGAGGGCCAGCAACACCAACAUACCCGCUUCACCGUCUCGGAAGGACCCUCGCGGAGGAAGACCCACCAGUCAUGUUUUCAGAUCGCAGCAUGGAGCUGCGAAUGUCAACAUACCUCUUCUGCUGCGCGUUGAUCGCGCCCCCUCCUCCCUCAGACCUCCUAUCAAAUUACUUCACCAAGUCGCCCAAGAUCACAGAGCACGGCCCUGAGUGGUCACGCUCGCGGCUGCCUUUCCUAGCCAAGACAUUCUCUGGCAAAGACGGCUGCGAGGAAUACUUCAAGCUGAUGACUGAUGUGCUGGACAUGGCCUUGCCGAAUGAUGCGUUCCCGCGAGACAGCGGGUUCAUUGUGGAUGCAGAUGCUGGAAUGGUGAGCGUUGUUGGCAAAGGAAGGUUUACGAGCAAGAAGACGGGCAAGGGAUGGGAUGAGCAGUUCAUCUAUCGGUUCAGUGGAUUUGAUCAUGAGGGGAAGAUAGGGCAUUGGGAAAUUUGGGCGGAUCCUUUGAGUGCUUGGGAGGCUGUUGGGGAGUGA